AAACGAAGCCUUAGCAGAGGAUAAGCCUUCAUCAUCUACUCUCUCUUUCUCUCUCUCUCUCUCUCUCUCUGCUGUCCCAGAAAAAGCAGAAACGAAAGGAAAUGGCUCAAGCACUAGCGACACCUCUCGCAGCUUCACUCUCUCUCAUCUGCAACACAACCACCACCAGAAUCCCCAAUUCUCUCUCUUUCCCCUCUCCAACUCCUCCCAAGUUCGGUGGUUUGAGCAUCAAAUGCGUCCGUGUAGGAGGCGUAGAGAUUCCGAACAACAAGAGAAUUGAAUACUCUCUCCGCUACAUCCAUGGAAUUGGCCGCACCACUUCUCGCCAAAUCCUUGUUGACCUCAGCAUGGACAACAAAAUCACGAAAGACUUAUCUGAAGAAGAACUCAUCUCUCUCCGUGACCAAGUCUCCAAGUACAUGGUCGAAGGCGAUCUCAGGCGGUUCAAUGCGCUUAACAUUAGGCGGUUGAAGGAGAUUCAAUGCUACAGAGGGGUGAGGCACAUUCAGGGGCUGCCAUGCAGAGGACAGCGCACGAAGAACAAUUGCCGGACUUUGAAGGGCAAGCGGGUUGCAAUUGCUGGAAAGAAGAAGGCUCCUCGUUAACUGAAAAUAGGCAGGUUUUUUUCUUUGCGAAAAUGGCAUUGUCUACUCGUCCUUGUAACCAGAUUCUUAGAAGUGCGCCGCCUCAGUUGUCGAGUUCCUCUGGCAAGAUACCCAGCUCAUGGGAUCUGCGAAUUCUGUUUUAGUUUAGUUUGCUUGGCUUUGGCCUUCAUUUUACACC